AUGAGUCAAUAUCCUGUGUUGCAUCAAUGGCUUGCCAAGUCAGUUCGCAGCAUGAAGAUGACACACAGUAGUUCAGUAGAGAAAUGGCUAGAAGAGCUUCGUCCAAUGACAGAGUGUGAAUGCAUGAGUAUUCUACAGGGCAAAUCUAUAAAGCAUAAUGCAGAGAAGGCUAGCAGCUCAUCAGCGUCUUCCUACCUCUCAUAUACAGCUGAAGAUAGUAUCCAUGCUGUCCAAAGUAGAGCUGAGAUUAUCCAUUCUGAAUUUAAGAAACUUUACAGUCGGAUUGACAAGGAGAGAUGGAAGCAAGUGGGGCCAGGUAGUCUUCGUAUAGCCACACACAUCCGCUCCCUUCUUCAUGAGUGUAACUCCAAUAUACCUAACCCUCCUGCUGUAUUUACUGAGCAACAGCAGUAUGUGAUGGAAGAAUGUGCCAGACUUGUGCAGUAUGUAGAAACCAAUAGUGAUAUCCUGAACAAUAAUGAUGUUCACAGAGCUAUGCUUAGAGAGGGCCUUACAACAUUGAGUCAGGCCUUUAGUGUCCUGGUUGACAUGGCAAUGGGAUGUCUUAUACAAAUCUUAUUGAACAAUGUUCUUGACUUUGAGGAACCUGAGGGAGUUAAGGAGGCUCUUGGCAACCUUAUUGCAUUAGGUCUAGAGGGAGAGCAAAUGUGCCAUAUUAUCACCAGGGAAGGUGGAGUUGAAACCCUCCUUGAAUUGUGUAAGAAUGAGGAACUGGGUAGUCUCAGGGGGAAGUCUUUACGUGCCCUUGCUACAUUGUGUUGUACAAGUGAUAGCAUACAAGAAUUAGAAAACAAUGGUGGCAUUGAGAUUCUAGCAGAGGUUCUGUGUAGCAGUGACAUCACAGAAUCUGUCCGAAGUGAGGCUGCGGGUGUAGUUGCUCAAAUGACGUCACCAAAUACAGAAAAUUAUGAACAUGGGAUAGGAUUUCUUGAAAAUAUGGAAGAUCUCGUCAAAUCUCUCACAGUGUUGUGUAUAGAAGCUUCAAGCCAUGAAGUUUUCUUACUUGGCUCUGCUGCUCUAGCGAACAUUACAUUCACUGACACUCUGGCGUGUGACUUCCUGCUCCAAUAUAGUACAGCGCAGCAUCUCAUACAUGCUGUUCAGUUGAAUAAGGCUGACUCCCUGUUUGCUAAAGACCAGGUUGCAACUAUUUUGGCAAACAUGGCAUCAAGUGAAUCCUGUUGGCUCGAAAUAACAGAGAACAAUGGUGUCGAAACAUUACUCCAGUUUUUACAAGAACAGCCAUAUUGUUAUCAGAAUGAGGCUGAAAUAUCAGCGUGCGAGCGUGUGCAACAGAAAGCAGCAAUAGCCUUGACUAGACUAAGCAGAGAUCGAGACUGUGCGGAAAUUAUAGUUGAACUUCAAGGUAUACAUAGACUGGUCCAGAUAUGUAGAGAACCCAAAGAGAGAAAUAGCAGUGAUGGCAUUCUAGUAGCAUGUCUAGCUGCCUUGAGGAAAAUCUACAGUGUAUCAUGUGACAUAGAGGACUUAUCAGAUUUAGAUGUGGAGGAGUUGAUACAACCAAAGCUUCUGGACUCCUUCCUCCUGUGUUCUCAGUCAGAUGAAUGCUUUGUCUGAUCAUUGUCACAAGAGGUACAGCAAUCCCAUGACCAACUGCUACUAAAGUUUUAAACAAGCAACAAGAUGAGACAAAUGGUAUUACAAACAUUACAAGAGGUACCACACUCCCAUAGCUAAUAAUUCGGAAAGUACUUCAAGAAGACCAGCAGUCCCAUGAUCAGUGGCUCCCAAAGCAUACAACUAUAUAUGCAGUAAUCUAAUUAAUAAUAGAUUCCAAAACACUACAGUCCAUAGUGCAUAUAGUCUUGCUUCGAGCCAUUGUGAUUUCCCCCGUUAUAUACAGUACCUUACCUCCUUGGGGUGAAAAAGAUGGGGUUGGUCGAUCCAGAGACUGAUUGCAAGGCUACAAUGCAGCAUAUUCAGGAAUAUUGCAUAGUUGCAAAAUUGCAAUGUGACAUUAUUAAUCAGAGACCCAGGUUUAUUAGGCUCAUUAUAAUGCUUGAAUGCACUACAGCAAAACAUCCAAGGAAACAAUUAAUGAUAUACAUGUACUGAGUAACUCAUACUUGUAAUCCAGAGUGAUAUAAUACCCAGGUGACCUAAAGCUACCAAAA